AUGGGGCAACCCGAUAUAGAAGCUGUGGCGGAUACUGCAGACCUCUGGGUUGAAGCGAUAAAGGAGCUUGACGACGCCGACAGAGCUUUGAUAUGGGGUCACGCGGCUGACAAGCUAAAUGUCCUUGAUGACGUCCUCGCCCGCGCGAAGAGUAAAGAGGAGGAGAGCGAAGCUAAGAAAUGGAAAUACACUAAACGCGACGGGACGAAGGUGGAGCUUCAUACUUUGUUCAGCGCUGUGGUUGAGAAAGUCGUGUGGUUCAAGAAGCUUGGUGACUCGCUCGCUGCGCUGGACCCUGCGCAUAUGGCCAUUCCGUGGGCUGCUUUUGGACUCAGCCUUCAGAUCGCCGAGAAGUAUUUCGAGCGUGAUGCACUUGCUCAUGAGGGCAUGUUGAUGAUGAGUGUCCUUGUCCCUCGGUAUACAGUCUUUGAGCGUCUAUACCUGGGCGAGGAGUCGCAAAUCAAAAAGUUGUUGGCGAGUGAGAUAGUUAGGCUGUACUCUCGCGCCUUGACAUUCGUUACCAAGUUGAAGAGGUACUAUGAGAAAGGAACUGCUAAACGCAUUAUCGGCGGUGUCUGGUCAUACGACCAACUUGAAGCACUGAUGAAGGAGGUUAAGGCGCAGCAGGUGAUCGUUGACGAUCUUGGCCGUUUGGUAGAUUCGGAAUAUGCCCGGGACGCAGCGAACGCGACGCAAAACAGUGUGGAAGACUUGAGGAAGGCGUUAAGCGACAUCCAGGGUCCGACAAAAUUGAUCCAAGACGGCAUGGUUGAUCUCGUCAAGAAUCUGAAAAAGCAGCAGGAGAUUGGUAUCCUCAACUGGCUUUCCCCGGUCUCAUACGAUAGAUACCACCAAGGGCUCCGCGUCGCUCGACUGAAAGGCACGGGGCUGUGGAUGUUUGAUCAACAGCAGUACAAGGACUGGCGGACUUCGAGCGAGUCGUCCAUUCUGUGGCUAAAAGGACAGCCGGGGACUGGAAAGAGCACCUUGGUGUCCUUGCUCAUUGACAGUGUUCGAGUAAAUCAAACGACGACUCAAGCGUGCGCGUUGGCAUACGUAUACUCCUCGCGGAAUGUCAAAAGGCACUUUGAUGACGAACCCGAGGCCAUUACGCGGAACAUCAUAAAGCAAAUGUCCAGAGAAGGCCCAGGCAAGCCUAUUCGUGGCGCCGUAGUGCGGAAAUACCAGGACCUGCAAGAGCAAGGUUCCGGGAACGAAGCGAUGGUCUUUCCGGAUACUCGCGAUCUGUUGCUGCAGUUGGUCGACCAGGACACCAUGAUCUUCAUUGACGGGUUUGACGAGUGUACACCGGUGCAGCAAAAGGAACUUCUGGAAUUGAUGAAGUUCUUGCUGGAACCUAGUGGCAACCGCGUGGUGAGAAUACUGGUGUCAAGCAGGCCGUCAUUAGACAUAGGCGCUCGCUUGGGUGCUCUGCGAGGCUUGUCUACCAUGGAGGUCAGCGGCAAUGGCGAUGACAUUCUGAGGUUUGCCAAGGCCAAAGCAAACGAGUGCGUCGAAGGCAUGAAGCUGCGAAACAUCCCCGUCCCUGAGAUGUUCGAAAACGAACUAACCGAGCGUCUUAACACUGGGGCGCAGGGAAUGUUUCUCUGGAUCAAGUUACAAGCUGAGCUUCUAAGCGAUCCCAAGCAAACAUCGUGCGAUAGGGAUGUUCUGGCAACUGUUCAGAAGUCUCCCACAGGACUUGCGGGAUUAUAUGCUGCUAUUCAUGAGAGAAUCGAAGGAGCAGGGCCAGUGAUGCGUCAAACAGCAGUGACCAUGUUCCGCUGGCUGUUGUGUGCCCGGGCCCCCUUGGGAAGGAGCGAGCUACGAGGGGCCCUUGCCCAGUACCUCAGUCUUGGUGAAAUCACAGAGGCCAUCAUUCUUGACUGCUGCAGCAACCUUGUCGAGGUAGACGAGGGCUUGGACACCUUCCGGUUUAUCCACACCUCCGUGAGGGAUUUCUUCGACGAGAAGCCUGGCUUUGCUCUAUCAGAAAGACACGCUACUGUGGCCGAUAUCUGCCUUCGAGAGGUCGUCCAAGGAAUCACGGUCCCGCAACCUCUCACUGCGCGCGGAGACUCUCUUCAGUGCUAUGUUGUCCUGUACUGGGCGUCUCACAUCGAACAAGCCGGUCCGGACCGUCCGUCCGCUACGAUUCAAGAUGCGCUAAGUGAUCUAUGUCUGGCGAACGGCAAUAUCAGACCUUGGUUCAAACAAUGGCUACACCUACUCGGCCCAGUGUCCGACCUCUUGCAGUUGAAUGAUCCUUUUAAAGACAAGGUCUUGCAGGCGCUCUGCUCCCCGGAAUCAGCGUUCUUUGCCGCGUGCGCCUUUGGUUUCACCGAGGUCGUCGCCCGCUACCGCAGCCCAAGACCAGAGCUCUUCAGAAGCCAAAAUGACAUGGGCGCAACGGGCCUUCAUCUAGCAUGUCAGUAUGGCCACCUCACGGUCGCUCAGAAGUUGUUGGAUGGAGGGUCGGAUCUCGACGCAAAAGAUAGAUAUGGAGAGACGGCCCUGACACGGGCAAGCGCCUCGGGCCAUCUUGAAAUCGUUGAACUUCUUCUUGGCCAAGGGGCAAAUGCAAAGGUGCAGGGGCGACGCUUCGGAACGGCACUCCAAGCCGCUGCGCUCCAUGGACAUCUUGACAUCGUUCAGCGGCUUAUCCGGCAUGGUGUCGAUGUGGAGGCAGAGGGGGGACAGUUCGGGACUGCUCUCCAGGCUGCAUCAGUUCGCGGACACGUGCAAGUGGUCAAGGAGCUCUUGGCAGAGGGUGCUGAUGUUAAUGCCCCUGGAGGUGACUACGACACUAUCUACAAAGCGGUGCCUAAUACGACCGCUGCUGACGCUAUAAGAAGGACCAUUGGAAGGAUUGUCAAUGAUCGGAACGCAUACCACCUGGAGGAUGAUCCCAGUUGGGAGACCCAGGUAGAAUCGGAAAUGCAACUGGUCAUAGAUAGAACACUCGACAUGAACCUCAGACGGUCGGGUUUCGGUCCAGCGCUACACGGUGCAUCUCGGGCAGGCCGUGGCGCUGUGGUGAGCGAACUACUGUCUGCCCCGGGGGUAGAUGUUAACAGGGAAGGUGGUCGAUAUGGCAGUGCUCUGCAAUCGGCAGCAGUGUGUGGGAGCAUCACAAUCGCUACUGACCUGUUGAACGCCGGGAGUCAUAUCGACUCCCAGAAUGGGACGUAUGGGACGCCGUUGAUUGCGGCAUGCCGCCGAUCACAUUUCCAUCUUGUCAAACUCUUCCUCGAAAGAGGAGCCAGCGUCAAUAUCCAGGCUGGAGUUUACGGCACUGCGCUCCAGGCAGCGGCUCGAUCUGGGAAUUGCAAUAUUGCGCGCCUGCUACUGCAACAAGGGGCAGAUCCAAACUUGGUCGCAGGAACAUACGGCACCCCAUUGCAGGCUGCGGCGCGAGACGGGUUUGACGAGAUGAUUGCCUUGCUUCUAGAAAGUGGCGCAGAUCCAAGCACUAAAGGGGGUUCAUUCGAGACGGCAGUGCAAGCCGCAUCCGCCGCCGGGAGCGUCAGAUCUGUACAGUUGCUUGUUGAACAGGGGUCUAUAAUCGGGAAUGCACUUCAGGUUGCAUGUCGUGCUGGUCAUAUAAACGUCGUCAAAUUUCUUCUGCAACAUGGCGCAGACAUCAUGACCGAGAAUAGGGGCUAUGGCACUGCCAUUCAGGCUGCGGCAGCCAGCGGAAAUGUCUCGCUGGUAAAGUUCUUGCUUAGCACAAAAGAAGGAUGUCCCUAUCGCCGUGACGACUUACUGGCUGCACUCAGACUGGCGGCAGCCACCGGUGACGAAGACUGGGCGAGAAGCUUACUGGGGCGUGGUGUCAGUCCGUCUGGCAUUCUUAUGUCGACCCUGCUUGGGGACAUAGAAAACCAUCGCUCCCAUGAAAGGAGUGGCCCUCAACGCCGACACCCACUGUCGUCACCGUUGGAAUGCGCUGCAGGCAAAGGGCAUGAGAAUAUCGUGAAGCUUUUCCUACUUAAAGUACAAGAGGUGGAGAGCCUGUCGACCUCCAAGGAUGGCAAGUAUUCUGUGCAAAAUGCAUUCAACGCAGCAGCAGAAUCAGGACAUGAAGGCAUUACCUCAUUGUUCUUGAGUCAGGUCGAGUGCCGCAAAUUCUACUCCCUUGAUCCAGCAUUGGUUGUUGCGGCAAGAGAGGGCCAUGGGCCUAUUGUACGACUCUUGUUGAAGAAUGGUGCCCAAGUGACUCGCCGCGUCAUUGAUGCAAUCUGUGAGCAGGGAGAUGUGGGUGUCCUGAAGCUACUUUUACAAAGCGCUGAUACCACCUCUCUACAUCCGUCUCACGUACUGGAGGCUGCUUUAAGCGGCCAUGUCGAGGCCGUGCGCCUGCUCCUGGACCAUGAGCUAGAUGUCAACGCACUAGUCGAAUCAUCUAGAUUCUUUGAUUACGGAGAGGAUUUAGCAACGUCCGAUGGGGGUAGUAUGUCCGACUGGAAUGACGACGCAAUGGAUGACAUGGAUUUUUGUGUGACUGCCCUCCAUGCCGCAGCACUCGGUGGCCACACAGGAAUUGCUGAUAUUCUCUUUUCCAAGGGCGCCAGCUCAGCAGUAAAGGGGAAGAGGAUGGCAACGGCUUUACAAAUAGCUGCGUCUGAAGGCCACGAGGAGAUGGUAAAAAGACUACUUGACCCCACUCUCAACAUGGACGCGGAUGUCCUGUCGGGAAGAUAUGGAACGGCACUCCAGGCCGCAGCAAGUAAAGGAUCAGUUGGGAUCGUGCGCAUGUUACUGAACCGUGGUGUGGAUGUAAAUCAGGUUGGGGGCGAAUUUGGAAGCGCCAUACAAGCUGCAGCUGCACAAGGGCACGAGGCGAUCGUUCGGCAGCUGCUCAGCGCUGGUGCUAAUGCGGACGACAAGCGGCAGACGGGGAAGUUUGGGACACCACUCCAAGCUGCUGCCGAGUCUGGAAACGUCGAGAUUGCUCGGCUGCUGAUACGUCAUGGGGCGCAGGUCGAUGUCGUGGACAGGUGCGGGCAAACACCGCUACACCGCGCUGCUUGUUAUGGCCAUGAGUCGGUGUUGGCGCUGCUUUUGGAGAAGGGGGCUAACCCGGAGACGAAUGACAACUUAGGACGGAGUGCGCUUGCGAUGGCUGCUGCCAAUGGAUGGGCAGCGCCCUUCUCACGCCUUAUGGGAUGGCUCACAAAGGCGGGCGGUACGCCCGAGUCGACAAGAGAACAGAAGUCUGGAUCUCUGCUUCUUGCUGCAGGCAAUGGACAUGUCACCAUCGUGGAGACGCUGCUCAAGAGCGGGUGUGAUGUCGGCCAGCAGGAUUCUGCAGGUAGAACUGCGCUGAUGCUUGCUUCUCGGCGCGGCUGGACCUCGACCGUUCGCCUUCUGCUAGACAAGGAAGCCGACAUUAACCAUCGCGAUCAUAUGGGUGAUACAGCUCUUCACUGUGCUGCGAUGAGCGGUCACGAUGCUACAGUUCGGCUUCUUCUAGCACGAGGCGCGAACGUAAAUGCCCAAAACAGAUGCGGCAGCGCGCCGCUCCACUUCGCUAUACCUGAGUUAGAAGAACCACCAGCCCUGCCAGGCAGCGACAAGCAUAAGGUCUUGUACAUCUUAGCCCACCACCCCGGCAUCCAGCUUGACGUGGCACAGGUGUGCGAAGAAACGCCGUUGCAUCGUGCAGCGCUUAUCCGGAAUCCAACCCUGGUGGCAAUACUCGUCGACAGCGGCGCGAAUAUUGAGGCCAGGGAUUUCCGAGGCCGAACGCCAUUCCAUCACUGCGUGCUCGGCGUAUACGAUGGAAUGCCCUCACCUGUUCCGGCCCUCGAGUACCUAGUCAAUAAAGGGGCAGAUAUACACGCAAAGGACAAUGAAGGUCAUGGUAUUCUCCAAGCUGCCUUGGCACAAUUGCACAAUAGACAGCAUACGGUUGACACACGGGAGUACCUCGCGACGCUGGGUAUCACAGGCUCUCAUAAUAAGACCGACGCUGGGGAGUGCAGUGAUUCUGAUGAUGGUAAAGGGCACCGGAACUACAGCAAUAACAGGGACUUGGAUGAGGAGAUUGCUGACGCCAUUGCGUUCGUUGAUGAGUAG